AUGCAACCUUCAACCGACGGUAAUCGCUUAGACGAGAAUCCCUCAACAAGCACUAGAGACGUGGCUAGAGAAGUGCAAGUAUCAAAAACUAAAGUGUGGCAAACGCUGCGUGAAGAGGGGCUGUAUCCGUUUCACGUCCAACGUGUACAAGCCCUUCAACCUGACGAUUUUCCAGCAAGAGUGCGGUUUUGUGAGUGGUUGUUGCAUCAACAUGACAAUAAUCCGGACUUUUUGAAGUGCAUAUUGGUGACAGACGAAUCUACGUUCACGCGUAAUGGAGUGAAUAACUUUCGCAACACUCAUGUUUGGUCAGUAGAAAAUCCGCGCGCUGUCCCUCGAAAAUCUGGUGAUUACCAUAAACCACAUCAGAGUGGCAAACUCAUCCAGUCUUAUGAUGAUUCUCAUGUCGUUGCUCUUGAUAUCACGAAAGCGUUCAUAUCCGUCGUAAUUGACGGGUUCUCCUCUUCACACCCCAUUUUUUCACACACAUAUUCUCUUACUAUAUCUAUGUAUAAAAAUAAAUAA